AUGGCAUCUCCUCAUCCAGUGACCGCUGCGUGGAGCGGCUCUCCCGCUUCUCGGUCUUCAGGUGCCAUUCCCUAUCGCUCGUCUACAACCUUCCAUGACACAUCGGCGACGACAGUGACCACCCGAGUGACGACGGCCACUAUCACCCCACCCCCAGAUACCCCAACGAGCCGUUACUCCGUCACCUCCCUCGCCAGUACCUCGUCUUCCUCGGGCUUGGACUACUACUCCCACACCUCUCCUCGACCCCUUUCGUCGCAAGCUUCGGGACACCGGCGUCUCUCCUCGGGUGCUGGUCAAACCCAUGAUCAAUUAGCAGCAAAGACACAAUCUCGAGCCUCGCUGCAUCGAAAACCCGUCCCGCCCCCGUCACACGACCAGCAUGCCGACGCAGUGACCGAGAAAGCCCAUCUGUCAUCUCCGCUGUCGAUCAAAGAAAGGACCGUCAGCUCCGCAGCUGGUGUCGACUCAAUCUCGCCUUCGUCUCCCGCGGGAGUUGACUCUCCUGUAUCAGUGGACAGUCAUUCGAAUAGAUCGGUGGUAGGGGACGGAGACGGUGACGACGACGACGAGAGCGUUGACUACUUCGACCAAGACUACGAGCAUCAAUUCACGAAUGGCACCGGCCUCGGAACACCUCUCCAUAAUCGUUUGUUGAGUGAGCCAUUUAUUCCCAUACUCAAUUCGCCGCCCCCACCCCAACGUCGCGUGACGAGUAUGGCUUUGCAUCCUUCAUCAAGUCAAAAACACCCCAUGAAGAUUGACCUUGAUCAGCGGUCCAUGUCUAUGCCUAUCGGUCACACAGAUCCUCGACAGCCUAAAACGCCCGGCAACAAGAUCAGCUCUUUCUUCGGCUGGAAGGCUGCUACCCCUGACUCUCCCGGCGCUGAAUCCUCCAGCACAGAGAUCUCGGACGGCGGUCGUUCCCCUAUGCCUUCUCCCAUGCCCCCACUAGCGAAUGUGCCUGUGAGACCUCCCUCGUACGAUAUCAAAGGUUCCGGAUUUGGGCCACCGGUCCGGACGCCAUCGGUGGGGACCUUGAGUACCCAUGAAGCUGUAUUCGCAUCAAAGCUCAACGAUCUCGAAAAUGAGUUGCGCGAGGUCAGCUCGGAGCUGGCGGGGUCCAUUCGCCGCGAAAUGGAGCUGGAAGACUUGAUUGAGCGCCUGCAGACCGAAGGACCUGAAAUCAAUCGCCGCACGAGUGACUACUUCUCCGACUCGGGUACCAGUUCAAUUCGAUAUGGUCCGGAUCGCCAGGAAGAUAUGGAAAAAGUUCGCCGAGCGGCGGAACAGGAACGAGCGCAGUUGAAGGCAGAGUUCUCGCUCAGACUACAGGAAGAACGGAUUCAAAGAACCGCGUCAGAGUCUCAUGUGCAGAUUCUGGAGAAUCAAGUCCAGCAGCUUCGUCGGGAACGAACUGAUUUGUCUGAUCUGUCUUCAAAAUCAAAAGAACUGGAGAGUGCAUUGGACAACACGCGACGAAAGCUCUUGGAAGAGCGACAAUCGAAAGACAAUUUUGAAGACUUGCUUACCGCGAUGCGCGUUGAGCUGGAACAGUUGCGGAAUGAGAGGGAUAUCCUUCGGGACGGUCAAGGUCCCAUCGCCGCUAAGACGCAACAAUUAAUGGACGAUCUCGAUGCACUGACAGUGGAGAACGCUUCGCUUGCGCAUCAACUCAACAGUGAGCGGGAGGGCAUGCAGGACAGCGCUCCCGCCGCCGAGGUACAGCGCAUGAUGGAGGAGCUCGAGACUUUGAGAGCAGAGAAUGCUUCGCUUGCGGAAAAGCUCCGCAGUACGCAAGCAACCCCCGCUGUCGUUGUCAACGAUCCCGCGGAAAUUGAACGACUGAUGGCGGAUGUGCAAGCAUUGAAAAGUGAAAACGCUUCUCUGAUGCAACAGUUGCAACACGAGCGGCAAGUCCGUGCUAUUGACACGUCAGCUGCCGAAGAGACUGAGCGUUUGGUUGCAAAUGUUGAGGCUCUGACACGCGAGAACCAUGCACUUGCUGAACAAUUACGUCAGGAGCGUGAAUUCCGUGAUAACAAUGUGACAACUGCGGAAGAAACACAGCGACUGAUCGCGGGCAUGGAAGCCCUUCAGACCGAGAACGCCGUGCUGGCACAACAAUUGGAGAGCGAGCGUGGCGUGGCGAAGGAGGAAAGCGCGUUCUCCGAUGCAGGCCGGCAGCGAUAUAUUGAAGAGAUCGAGGCUUUGAAGAAUGAGAACGCUUCACUAGCUCAGUUGCAAGGUGGUCGGUUCGCUUCGAUUCCCGAGGAGGACGGGUUCAGGGUAAAACGUCAUUCGACAUUCGGCCUCUCUCGAUCCAACUCACUCGCACGAAAACCCACCAGUGGGCUGGCUCGCUCAGGCUCGUUGUCCCGCUCAAACUCAGUCUCUGGGCCCAAGGAGCGGGAAACUCGCGAGUCGCUUGUCGACAAGGUUAAAGAUAUCGAAGCGCAACGUGAUGCCCUCCACCGAACAGUACGAAGUCUCUUACAUCGACAGACAUUCCAGGAGCGGGAAUUCAUCAAGCAUACUCGCGUCCUUGAAGCAGAGCUCCAGCGGGCGAAGAAAGCCACUCCGCCGCGCAAGAUGGGUUAUGAGAGAGAGGUGCGCAACUUGAGAGAAGAGGUAUCUCACCUCAGAGGGCGCGCCGAGGAUGCCCUGGACAGUAAAUGGCAGUGCGAGAAGAAUCUUGCGGGUCUGAAGAUGGAUCUGGACCGUGCCAAGCAAGAGACGGGUUCUCUUCGGGCGUUGCUUCUAGAGCAUGAUACGCCUGUCCCUGAACAGGGUGAGAUCGAACAAGGAAGCUUUGACGAGGUGAUGGUGACAUCAUCGUCCUUGGAGUCGGCAUUUGAACAGUUCCAGGUGGAAAGACAACAAGUCGAGGCGGAUGGUGAUACUGCUGGCACGGAAGCAAUUUCGGCUCGCAGCGAUGAGCUUGCCCAUCAUGUCCAACAUCAACUCCAAAUCAACAACUCUCUCCGGAGUCGUCUGGCAGCCGCCAUCGACAAGGGUGAGCGUGACCAGCGAAUCUCCGUUGAGCGCAUCAACAUUCUCCAGAGUCGAAUGAGGGAGUUGGAAGAUAACCUCCUCAACGCUCAGAAUCAUUCCGAGGAGGAACUUGGCAAGCAUGAGGAAGAGGUCCGCCUGCUGCAGGAGAACCACAAUGCCCAGCUCCUCCGCAUGAAGGCCGGCAGUCGUACGCCCGUCGCAUUGUCGCCUCGACCACCGAGCACUCCGUUUGGCGGCCGGUCACCCCGUCUGGACGUGACCACCAGCGGUGAGGGUGUUCCUCUGGCGAGCGUUGUCCGCGCUGAAGUUCUAGAGAAGCAUGUCAAGGCGCUCGAGAGGGCCGUUUACGAGGUUGAUAUGGAAAUGGAGGAAGUUGUGGGACGGAUGAACCGUGCCCAGAUUGAUGUGGCGCAGCUGCAAUCUGACAGGGAUGAUGCCCUUCGUCAGACUCGCCGCCUACAGGCAGACAUUCAGGCUGAGAGGGAAGCUCUCCGAUCUGUAAUGUGA